GUACCAUAUUACCAACUUGGCACCGCUGCUAAUGUGUAUUGGUUAAAACAUGUUUAUAUAUAUUUGUGGUGUCUGCUUUUUGAUGGAUACAGAUUUAAUUAGGCAAAAUGAUCCACUCUAAGGUGAUUCUGGUUGGUAGCUCGAUAUAUUUCCUUCUGGGCGCUUUAUUGUGCGUAGUUUUGCUCGUAACGCUUAUGCCAAAAGUUAACCCGAACGAGAGAAAGGAUUUCGUAUCGUAUGUGUUGCUACUGGUGCCACUGGGAGUUUUCUUUUUAUGGCUACUGUGGUUUUGUAUGUAUCUCGCUCAGAUGAAUCCGAUGAUUCACCCGAUUAGGGAAUUUCACGCAAAAGUAAAAGGUGUUCCUUCAAAGGAACCUGCUCUAUAAUUGUGUAUAUGAAUUC